AUGGACACGCUCGAUGGCACAGAAUGGGACGUUCUGAUCGUAGGGACAGGUCUACCGCAGUCCCUUCUUGCCCUAGCCUUGUCUCGCUCCGGAAAGAAAAUCCUCCACAUCGAUGAGAACGGCUAUUAUGGAGGUACUGAAGCUGCUUUCAGCUUACAAGAAGCUGAAGAGUGGGAAAAGCAUAUAGAUGAAGAUGUAUCUGCUGCAGCCUUCUCGAAUAUCUCCAUCACUAAGUCUGAAUCGGCCGUGUCGGAAACAACACCCUCGUUGUCUUUUUCAAGAGCGUACAGUUUGGCGUUGAGUCCACAACUCAUAUAUGCUCGUUCGACACUUCUCCAGUACCUGGUAUCUUCGAAAGUCUACAGACAACUUGAAUUCCUCGCCGUCGGAAGCUGGUGGGUAUACUCGGCAGAGUCAGACAACAUGGACAAUGGCGAGCCUUCAAUUUCGUCUGAAUCGGGCCCGCGGCAUGGUCGGUUGCUCAAGGUGCCCAACGGAAGAGAAGACGUGUUCCAAGACCAAGUCCUCGAUUUCAAGGCAAAACGAGCCUUAAUGAGGUUCCUGCGGUUCAUCACCGAGUACGAAGAGCAGAUGGAGAUGUGGGAAGAUCAUCGAACCAAGGCGUUUCCAACGUUUCUCUCAGAGCAGUUCAAGAUACCCAUCACACUCCAUGCUCCGUUGCUCGCACUCACCCUAUCCCCCUCAGUUUCAAGUCAGACCACCACAGAGUAUGCUCUCCCACGGAUAGCGAGGCAUCUGCGAUCCAUUGGAUUGUUUGGCGCUGGAUUUGGUUCUGUUAUUCCCAAGUGGGGCGGCAUGUCCGAGAUCACCCAGGUAGCCUGUCGUGCCUCUGCGGUUGGGGGUGGAGUCUACGUCCUUGGCAAACGUCUCUCGUGUAUCGACGGGCCUACAUCCGCUGAUAAUUCCGAAGAGGAGACUAGCGGCUUCAGGCUUCGCUUGAACGAUGGCGAAGCCAUAUCCGCACAGCAUGUCGUCGGCGAAUUGUCACGACCUCCAAUCUCAAGCGCAACAUGUUGCAAAUCAAUCACCAUUGUCUCUUCUCCACUUCCACCACUGUUCCCACCUAUUGCAGAAGACGCACCGCCUCCAGCCUGUGCUGUUGUCGUCUUUCCCUCUGGAAGUCUACCCCUAGACGCCGACGAACAAGCCGCUGAGUUGCCGCCAAUCUACAUAUUCAUUCACAACAGCGAUGCUGGAGAGUGUGCAGCCGGUCAAAGUGUCUUGUAUGCUUCAACUACUCUGACAGGAGAAAAGGGCUUUCAACUUCUCAAGAAAGCUGUUCGGGCACUGCUGUUGUCCGUCGAUGUAACUCCAGCACCAAAUGUACUUUGGACGCUCCAAUAUGAACAGCACCCGAGACCCUUAAUCAGCUUGCUAGCCUUGGACCCCGACGAACGUCCUCUUGAUCUACUCACGGAUCUUGCCUUUGAUGACUCCGUUUUAGAUCACGUCAAGGGAAUAUGGCAGCAAAUCAUGGGUGAUAGUGCUGGCGACUUCUUAGUGUUUGAAGAUAGGGAGGCGAAUCAAGGUGAUGAUGAUGAGUAA